UCUUUCCUUCUUUCCUUCAUUCUAGACAUCAUCCAGAUCCCUUGGUUGAGUCGGAAGUCAUCGCAUUGUCUGUGUGCCCAAUCUUCCACGAACUGGAAAUGACAAACGCAACCGAGCCUCAGUCGCCGUCGCUGGAGGACAGAUGGAGGCUCUGCAAGACGCAGGACGACCAAAAGACCUCCCUUAUUGCAGACUUGUUCGACCAUAUCGGCGAAAUCACAGGCAAACUAUCAGAAGUUGAGUUGGAGCUCAGAGAGAAGAAGAUCAUUGUCAAGUCUAUGUGGGACACGAUAAAUGACAGCAAGGAGCGGGUUGUUCACAUGCAGACUGAAAAGGAUAAACACUGCUUUGCCUUGGUCCUUGUUGACGGCGAUUGCAUGCCAUUCUUGGACGACCUCGUUGAACAAGGCUUGGAAGGGGGCAAGAAAGCAUCAAGCUUUCUCGAGCAGGCCGUGGCCUCGGAGCUGAAGUCUGUUGAUCAGUCUCUGCCCCAUCACCUGCGAGUUGUCGUUCGCGUGUUCGCCAACCUGAAGGGUCUCGCGAUGACGUACACGGAAAUGGGUACGAUCCAUAACCCCGAUGUCCUCUACGAAUUCGUGCGAGGCUUCAACAUGACGAACGCCAUGUGCGACUUUGUGGACGCGGGAAACGGUAAAGAGUGCGCCGAUGAAAAGUUGAAAGCAAACUUCAAGUUCAGUGUCGACGACGUGCAUUGCCGGCAUAUCUUGUUUGGCGCGUCCGCCGACAGCGGCUACGUGCGCCUGUUGGGAUCUUACCUCGAGACCGAGGAGGUUCGGAAGAAGGUCAUCCUCAUCGAGGGACCCCCUUUUGCUCAAGAGUUGGCCGAGAUCAGGCACCGGUUCCGUGUCGCCUCCUUCAACAAGGUCUUUAGACGGCAGAAGCUCGUCAACUUCAAGCGCAAGGUAUCGGGAUACUACGUGACGCCUCCCCCGACCCCAUCGUCAGACUACGCGUCAGCAGCCGCAAAGCCCGCCUCGUCGUCGGCGCCGGUCCACAUGCCACGCCGAUCUUCCGCCUCGUCGAACGCAGCGUCGUCUGUUCUCGGGGAGAUCGUUCGGAACAAGGCCGGAAAACGCGUCGACCCCCCACUCAGCUACGCGCUGCAGGACUUCAACAUGAUGAAGAACCGCAAGUUGUGCAACAACUUCCACCUCACGGGCAGAUGUUACCACAUGGAGACGUGGGGGAGGUGCUCCCACGAGCACGGGCAGUCGCCGACCCAUAAGGAGUUGCAGGCUCUUGUGGCCCUUGCGCGCCACUCGUACUGUCAUACAGGCUUGGACUGCAAUGAUCCCAACUGCGUGUUUGGUCAUCAGUGCCCUCGGGAGGACUGUAACGGUGCGAGCUGUCGGUACAAGUUUCCCCUGGAGCUGCAUAACAUUGACAAGAAGAUUGUUCGCUGAGUUGUGAUCUCUGGUCUGGUUGAGUUGUUGGACAGUAGUACUGUCUUGUCUUGGGUGCUGGGUAGUGUUUUAAUGGCAGUUACUUGUUUGAAUGGCUCGCAAAGUGUGAAUAUGUGAUGCAAAACUCUGACAAUGACAGAGCUAUGGAAGUCACAUCCCACUCUCCUGUGACAUGACCAUGCGAUGGACUCCCAGAGACGCUGAUGAUCAGUAGGAUUCGGGCUGGAACCGAGGGAAUCUUAGGCCCCGAC